AUCUACCAUGACAUAUAUGUCAAAAAACUGCAGUUUAGUAACAGAAAAUAUAAAAAAAAUAAAUCCGUAAAAAACAAAAUCUGUUAUGCUCUCCUCAAGAAAAGUCUUCGGAUAAGAUAAAUUUACAAUUUUAAACGUUUUUAAUCAGAAAUACAUUUAGACAAUCAAGAUGCGCCUAUUGAAAUGCUGUUGUUGCAUAUCAUUGCAAUUCGGGACGAUGAUCAUCGGCUGCAUAUUCGGGAUUAAGGAUUUUUCUCUGGGAUGUCUUGGCAUCUAUUUUGUGACUCGCAAAGAGUUACCAGUGUGGGUGAUCACAUUUUUUGACAAGAUGAACGCUCGUCAGUGUGUUUUCUGUUUCGCAAUUGUCUUUUACCUUAUGUCUUUCAGCGAUCUAUUGCUAAUCUCUGGAGCAAUGGCGAAAAACCCUGCGUACAUGGGACCCUGGCUUAUAGUGAAUUUCAUAGUACUAAUUUGUACUAUAGCCACAGCUCUGCUUAGUGCAAUUGCGAUUAUAAGAAUCGUUUUAAUCGUGUAUGCCAUGUUGGUUGUGAACUCCUACUAUGAUGAGCUGACAGCUUGAUUGCAUUACAAAUUGACAGUCAACGUAUUAUUUUCAAGAAAAUGAUCUACAUAUACAGCGCUGACGAUCACUAAGACGGGAGAAAGACUAUCUGAAGUUAUAUAAAGGCGGCAUAGAGAAAGAGAUUUCCAAAUGACAGAAACGCACAGUUUCGGAAGCGCCUUUAUAAGAAGGAUUAAUCGCUUUUUUUUAUACAUUUUUUUUUAUUAUAAAUGCCGUCAAAAGCUUCGCUUAAGAUUCAUUAAAAAUCCAUUAAACUCGAUAAUAAAGAACAGCGACAAACAGCGCAAGAAGCGAACAACAACACAAA